UGUAGUAAGCUGUGCUAGAACAAAAUGCAAUGAAAGAAACACUGGAUGAAUGAAAGGCCCUGCUUUGCAACCCCUCAGCAUGGCAGGCCUGCAGCUCAUGACCCCUGCUUCCUCACCAAUGGGUCCUUUCUUUGGACUGCCAUGGCAACAAGAAGCAAUUCAUGAUAACAUUUACACGCCAAGAAAAUAUCAGGUCGAACUGCUUGAAGCAGCUCUGGAUCAUAACACCAUCGUCUGCUUAAACACUGGCUCAGGGAAGACAUUCAUUGCAGUACUACUCACUAAAGAGCUGUCCUAUCAGAUCAGGGGAGACUUCAGCAGAAAUGGAAAAAGGACGGUGUUCUUGGUCAACUCUGCAAACCAGGUUGCUCAACAAGUGUCAGCUGUCAGAACUCACUCAGAUCUCAAGGUUGGGGAAUACUCAGACCUGGAAGUAAAUGCGUCUUGGACAAAAGAGAGAUGGACCCAAGAGUUCACUAAGCACCAGGUUCUCAUCAUGACUUGCUAUGUCGCCUUGAAUGUUUUGAAAAAUGGUUACUUAUCACUGUCAGACAUUAACCUUUUGGUGUUUGAUGAGUGUCAUCUGGCAAUCCUAGACCACCCCUAUCGAGAAAUUAUGAAGCUCUGUGAAAACUGUCCAUCGUGCCCUCGCAUUUUGGGACUAACUGCUUCCAUUUUAAAUGGAAAAUGUGAUCCAGAGGAGUUGGAAGAAAAGAUUCAGAAGCUGGAGAGAAUGUUCCAGAGUAACGCUGAAACUGCUACUGACCUGGUGGUCUUGGAUAGGUAUACUUCUCAGCCAUGUGAGAUCGUGGUGGACUGUGGGCCGUUUGCUGACCGAAGUGGUCUUUAUGAGAGGCUGCUGAUGGAGCUGGAAGACGCUCUCAGCUUCAUCAACGACUGUAACGUUUCUGUACAUUCAAGAGAAAGAGACUCGACUUUAAUUUCCAAACAGAUACUCUCAGACUGUCGUGCAGUAUUGGUAGUUUUGGGACCCUGGUGUGCAGAUAAAGUAGCUGGAAUGAUGGUAAGAGAACUGCAGAAAUAUAUCAAGCAUGAGCAAGAGGAGCUGCACAGGAAGUUUUUACUGUUUGCAGACACUUUCUUAAGGAAGAUACAUGCACUAUGUGAAGAGCACUUCUCACCUGCCUCACUUGACCUGAAAUUUGUAACUCCUAAAGUAAUAAAACUGCUUGAAAUCCUCCGUAAAUAUAAACCUUACGAGCGACAGCAGUUUGAAAGCGUUGAGUGGUAUAAUAAUAGGAAUCAGGAUAAUUAUGUGUCUUGGAGUGACUCUGAGGAUGAUGAUGAGGAUGAAGAAAUUGAAGAAAAAGAGAAGCCAGAGACACAUUUUCCUUCUCCAUUUACCAAUAUUCUAUGUGGAAUUAUUUUCGUGGAAAGAAGAUACACAGCGGUUGUCUUAAACAGAUUGAUAAAGGAAGCUGGCAAACAAGACCCAGAGCUGGCUUAUAUCAGCAGCAACUUUAUAACUGGACACGGCAUUGGGAAGAAUCAGCCGCGGAACAAACAGAUGGAAGCCGAGUUCAGAAAACAGGAAGAGGUCCUUAGGAAAUUUCGAGCACAUGAGACCAAUCUGCUCAUCGCAACAAGUGUUGUAGAAGAGGGUGUUGACAUACCAAAGUGCAACCUGGUGGUUCGUUUUGAUCUGCCCACUGAGUAUCGCUCCUACGUUCAGUCGAAAGGCAGAGCGCGGGCGCCCAUCUCUAAUUACAUAAUGUUAGCGGACACAGACAAGAUCAAGAGCUUUGAGGAAGACCUUAAAACCUACAAAGCUAUUGAAAAGAUCUUGAGAAACAAGUGUUCCAAGUCAGUGGAUCCCGGCGAGGCUGACAUUGACCCUGUUGUGGAUGAUGACGACGUUUUCCCUCCGUAUGUGCUGCGGCCUGAGGACGGAGGCCCACGAGUCACCAUCAACACAGCCAUUGGACACAUCAACAGAUACUGUGCUAGAUUACCCAGUGAUCCGUUUACUCAUCUAGCUCCCAAAUGCAGAACCCGAGAGCUGCCUGACGGUACCUUUUAUUCAACUCUGUAUCUGCCAAUUAACUCACCGCUUCGAGCCUCCAUUGUUGGUCCGCCCAUGAGCUGUGUACGAUUGGCUGAAAGAGUCGUAGCUCUCAUUUGCUGUGAAAACCUGCACAAAAUCGGUGAGCUGGAUGACCAUUUGCUGCCAGUGGGGAAAGAGACGGUCAAAUACGAAGAAGAGUUGGAUUUGCAUGACGAGGAAGAGACCAGCGUUCCGGGACGACCAGGUUCCACGAAGCGGAGGCAGUGCUACCCAAAAGCAAUUCCGGAAUGUUUGAGGGACAGCUAUCCCAGACCUGAUCAGCCCUGUUACCUGUAUGUGAUAGGAAUGGUGUUAACGACUCCUCUACCUGACGAACUCAACUUCAGAAGGCGGAAGCUCUAUCCCCCUGAAGACACGGCAAGAUGCUUUGGGAUACUGACCGCGAAACCUAUCCCUCAGAUCCCACACUUUCCUGUGUAUACUCGCUCGGGGGAGGUCACCAUCUCUAUUGAGCUGAAGAAGUCUGGCUUCACAUUGUCUCUACAAAUGCUUGAGCUGAUCACAAGGCUUCAUCAGUAUAUCUUCUCACAUAUUCUUCGGCUUGAAAAGCCUGCACUCGAGUUCAAGCCGACAGACGCCGACUCGGCCUACUGUGUUCUACCUCUUAAUGUUGUUAAUGACUCCAGCACUUUGGAUAUUGACUUUCAAUUCAUGGAAGAUAUUGAGAAAUCUGAAGCGCGAAUUGGCAUUCCCAGUACAAAGUAUUCAAAAGAAACACCCUUUGUUUUUAAGCUAGAAGAUUACCAAGAUGCGGUCAUCAUUCCAAGAUACCGCAAUUUCGAUCAGCCUCAUCGAUUUUACGUUGCUGAUGUGUACACUGACCUUACCCCGCUCAGUAAAUUUCCUUCCCCGGAGUAUGAAACUUUUGCAGAAUAUUAUAAAACAAAGUAUAACCUUGACCUGACCAAUCUCAACCAGCCACUGCUGGAUGUGGACCAUACCUCUUCCAGACUUAACCUUCUGACACCGCGACAUCUGAAUCAGAAGGGGAAAGCGCUUCCCCUGAGCAGCGCCGAGAAGAGGAGGGCCAAGUGGGAGAGUCUGCAGAAUAAACAGAUACUGGUUCCAGAACUCUGUGCCAUCCAUCCAAUCCCAGCAUCACUGUGGAGAAAAGCAGUUUGUCUCCCCAGCGUUCUUUAUCGCCUGCACUGCCUUCUGACUGCAGAGGAGCUCAGAGCCCGGACGGCCAGCGACGCUGGUGUGGGAGCCAGAUCGCUUCCUGCGGAUUUUAGAUACCCUAACUUGGACUUCGGGUGGAAAAAGUCUAUGGACAGCAAGUCUUUCGUCUCGGCCUCCCACUCCUCUUCCGCGGAAAACGACAACUGCCGUAAGCACAGCGCACUUGUAGUCCCUGAAAAUGCUGCACACCAAGGUGCUACCAGAACCUCCCGUCUAGAAAACCAUGACCCAAUGUCUGUGAGCUGCAGAACGUUACUCAGUGAGUCACCGGGUAAGCUCCCGAUUGAAGCUUCAGCAGAUCUCUCCGCAGGUAACGGUCUUUCUCCCGGUAAAAAUCUUGCCAACGGCCGUUACGAUUUAGCUGGCAGAGACGCUUGCCAAGGAAAGCAGCUGCAUCGCUCCAAGCAGGAAAUACCUGUGCAACCCACUACCUCACGUCCCAUCCAGACUUCCUGCCGCCGCGGGAGCCAGCCCGAGCCCGGCGCUGAACGUGCUCGGCCGCGCCGCCAGCACCUGGACGGAACCCUUACCGGCGGUGGCCGGGUCAGCAACUGCAACCUGUACCGCCUGGGGAAGAAGAAGGGCCUGCCCAGCCGCAUGGUGGUGUCCAUCUUCGACCCCCCUGUGAACUGGCUGCCUCCUGGCUACGUGGUGAACCAAGACAGAAGCAACACAGAGAAGUGGGGGGAAGAUGACAUGACAAAAGACUGCCUGCUGGCUAACGGCAAGCUGGACGAGGACUACGGGGAGGAGGACGACGACAAGGAGGAGAGCCUGAUGUGGAGGACGCCCAAGGAGGAGGCCGACUACGAGGACGACUUCCUGGAGUACGACCAGGAGCACAUCCGCUUCAUCGACAGCAUGCUGAUGGGGUCGGGCGCCUUCGUCAAGAAGAUCUCGCUCUCUCCUUUGGCAGCCGCGGAGUCUGCGUACGAGUGGAAGGUGCCCAAAAAGUCCUCCUUGGGUGGCAUGCCGUUUUCGUCCGACUUCGAGGAUUUCGACUACAGCUCGUGGGAUGCCAUGUGCUAUCUGGACCCUAGCAAAGCUGUCGAAGAGGACGACUUUGUGGUGGGUUUCUGGAACCCGUCGGAAGAAAACUGUGGCGUCGACACGGGCAAGCAGUCCAUCUCCUACGACCUGCACACGGAGCAGUGCAUCGCCGACAAGAGCAUCGCCGACUGCGUGGAGGCCCUGCUGGGCUGCUACCUGACCAGCUGCGGGGAGAGGGCUGCGCAGCUCUUCCUGUGCUCGCUGGGGCUGAAGGUGCUCCCCGUGACCAAGAGGACUGACCGGGAGGGGGCCACGGGCCCGCCCCGGGACGAUGCCGGCAGCCAGCCGAAGCCCCUCUCGGCGGGCGCUGCGGCCCCUUCCGUGUCGAGAGACUUGGAGUACGGCUGCCUGAAGAUUCCCCCGCGAUGCAUGUUUGACCACCCCGACGCCGAUAAGACGCUGCAUCACCUCAUCUCGGGCUUCGAAAACUUUGAGAGGAAAAUCAACUACAGAUUCAAGAACAAGGCUUACCUUCUCCAGGCUUUCACACACGCCUCCUAUCACUACAACACCAUCACUGAUUGCUACCAGCGCUUAGAAUUCCUGGGAGACGCGAUUCUGGACUACCUCAUAACCAAGCACCUUUACGAAGACCCGCGGCAGCACUCCCCAGGGGUCCUGACCGACCUGCGCUCCGCUCUGGUCAACAACACCAUCUUCGCGUCGCUGGCGGUCAAGUAUGACUACCACAAGUACUUCAAGGCUGUUUCUCCCGAGCUCUUCCACGUCAUUGACGACUUUGUGCAGUUUCAGCUCGAAAAGAACGAGAUGCAGGGAAUGGAUUCCGAGCUGAGGAGAUCCGAGGAGGACGAAGAGAAGGAGGAAGACAUCGAGGUCCCCAAGGCCAUGGGGGACGUCUUCGAGUCGCUGGCCGGAGCCGUGUACAUGGACAGCGGGAUGUCGCUGGAGGCGGUGUGGCGGGUCUACUACCCGAUGAUGCGGCCGCUCAUAGAGAAAUUUUCUGCGAAUGUGCCCCGUUCCCCUGUGCGAGAACUGCUUGAAAUGGAACCAGAGACCGCCAAAUUCAGCCCGGCUGAGAGAACUUAUGACGGGAAGGUCAGAGUCACGGUGGAAGUGGUGGGAAAGGGGAAGUUUAAAGGCGUCGGCCGGAGCUACAGGAUCGCCAAGUCUGCGGCCGCCAGAAGAGCCCUGCGCAGCCUCAAAGCCAGUCAACCUCAGGUCCCCACGGCUGAAGCCCCUUUUAAAAUCUGAAAACAAAGCGCAGACAAGCAGAGUUAAGGGGAAAAUGUGUACACCGGAAGGGCCGACUUACAGCUGAUACUGAGCGGAAUUCAGCUGGAGGCAGAAUUUAAAGUCUGUGUGGUAGCGAGAGAGAGCAGAAUAAAACAUUUAACACGUGUAUAAACACUUUGGAGCUAACUGUAGUUUUAGUUUUUUGCGCAGACACAAUCUUGUCUUCUUCCCUCCCUUCUGCUUUGUUUAAAUCACGAGAGUGCUUUAAUGAGGACGUUAGCAAGUGUUUGGAGUGACGACUGGCCGCCUGCUGUCUUCAGCUCCAUUGCGGUGCGCCCUGCCCAGCGCUGAGGGCCUUGUAGGCCCCUGGCUGUGUCGUGCCCCUCCCUCCGUGUGUGCGGCCGUGGCGCCCGCCCUGCGGCAGGCCAGGCGCCCGGCAGGGGGACGGGGUUUCCGGGGGAGAGUGGCCGGUGCUGUCUUUUCUUUCCCCGUCACGCCGCAGAGUGGCCGCUGCUGCACUUGGUAGUAAGGGACAGGUCUUGAGUCACAUUGGCUGGCCCGUUGGUGAAUCACAUUGUUGUCUUCUGAAGCCACAUAGUCUCGCAUAAGAAAGGUUCUUGCCUUAAAAGUCAAACUUCACGGACGUUCUUUAAUUUCUCCUCGUUUUGGAACAAACUAUUUUACAUUCCCUUAGUUGUGUUAUGCAUCGACUGUUGAGACAGCGUGACACUUACAGCUCACUAGUAUAGUUGUCACUUAACUUAUUACAGGAUCAUGACAGAACUUCUGUCGUAUGUGUCAUGAAGACAUUUUAAAAACCAGAAUAUGUAGUCUGUGGAUAUUUUUUAUCAUAAGAAAAAUGAUCUUUGGCUAAAUACCUAAUUUUACUAAAAACCUCCAGCUAGGUAGUUCCACUGAUGGAAAUGUGUAUGGCAAAUAAUUUUGCCCUCCAGGCUGUUGCUCUAACAAAAAAACCUUAGACAUAUCACACCUAAAAUAUGCUGCAGAUUUUAUAAUUGACUGGUUACUUAUUUAAAGAAGCAAAACAGAGCACCUUUACCCUUAGUUUUCUCAUAGAACUCUCUCACUGUACUUUUCACAAUGUCGCACGCGUACUUCACCUACCAAAGCUGUGCUGUUAAUGCCGUGGACAUUUAACGUUUGCGAUAAACUGCCGUAAUUUUGAUGCAUCUAUGUGAUUUAGGUCAUUAAUUUAGAUAAACUAGCUCAUUGUUUCCAUCUUUGGAAAAGAAAGAAGCGUUUUUAGGCAUUUGCCUACGUUUCUUUACUUAGACUUGUAGGCACUCUUCACUUAAAUACCUCAGUUCUCUUUUCUUUUGCAUGCAUCUCCCCCGUUUGGUGCUAUGUUUAUGUAUUAUGCUUGAAAUUUUAAUUUUUUUGCACUGUAACUAUAAUACCUCUUAAUUUACCUUUUUCAAAAGCUGUGGGUCAGUCUUGCACUCCCACCAACAUACCAGUCGAGGUUUGCUGCAAUUUGCCCCGUCAAUUAUGCUUGAAGUUUGAGAAAGCCGAGCAGAGGCGUCUCGUGGUUUCCAGCACCUCCCGAAGUGGCUGCUGCUUGUAAUGCUGCAUUUGUGUUUCUGGUUACAGUUGAAUACUGUUUUCUGGCUUUAUCUGCACCAUCCCCCGCAGAGAAGCGCCUCUGUGGACGUGCGCCCCUGGACGUGCCAGCCCUGCUUCCCCGGGGUCCACGUGGAGGGACGCGGUGCUUAUCCGGUCGUAGCCUGAAACCGAGAUGGAAGCUGUUGAAUGAGUUUUUGAGCACAUUAAUUUAGGUGACUUGUUUUAAAAGUAUUUAAUUCUGAUUUGGAAACCUAGAUGUCUAUUUGGUUUAAAAAAAAAAAGAGAGACCUUAAUGUAAGAUAUCGUGGCCAGUUAAAACAAUUCUUAUGUGAUGUUACUGUAAAAGUGUACAGUUGAAAAGUAGGGCUGGAUGUGAAUUUUAUUCGUGAGGGUGAUUUGUGGUAAGAUUAAAUCACAGAUCUCUUGAGAAUUCAUAAACUACCUGAUGCCAGGAGCAUAGGGCUGCAUCGCGGCGAUGCAUUUAUCCCAGUGCUACGGGAUUCUCCCGCUUCCUCGCACCAAAAUCAGUUUGUUUCACAGUUACGAUCCCCAGUGGGAGAAAAAUGCCUCAAUAUAUUUUGUAAUCUUAAGAAGAGUAUUUUUUGUUAAUACUAAAAUGUUCAGACUUGGACACGAUUAGGUCAUACAUUCUCAGGGGUUCAAAUUUCCUGCUACCAUUCAAAAUGUUUUAUCAACAGCAAACUUUAGCUAGUUCAUUUUUUUUGUUGGGGAAAAAUAUCUGAUUUUAAUUUGACUCACAGUUUGAAGCAUUCUGUGAUAUCCCCUGGUUACUAAGUUAAGAAAUCAAAAAGUACGAGCGAGACAUAUGAAAUGGUUAUAAAUGCUUUGUGCUGCUGAUGUUGAAUGCUGUAAAGUUUCCUCUGUGUAGCUUGUUGAUUUGUUUUGCAUCUGUCAGUUAAGAAAAGAAAUCACCCUGUGUUGCCCAUCUUCCAACCCGUCUCCCUCCCUUUGUUCCUGUGAUUGCAAUGCGAGGCCGAAUGUACAUGGAAAACCCACGGGGGGUGUGACUGUGCUCCGAGCACGCGUGGGAAGGACUGGGGGCAGAUCUUGAAGAAGCAGCUGCAGAAAUUCCUCACGAUGAUUGUGUGCAGGCUGGUUGGCAUGAACCCUCCUUCGUCAGCGUUGUUAUUUCUUUUAAAAUACAGUUUCCGCAGUCCUAACCGUGCUGCAUUUUGUACUUGCUUUCCCUUCUGUUCUGUUCAUGUAGCACGAUAAGCAUUGCACUUGGUACCGUGCUUUACCUCAUGUCGAGAAAUGUGCUUGACGGAGAGGAGAGAGGUGGGUGAGCCUUGCUGCUGCUCUGAUCUACCGACUUGGAGAGAGAGAAUUCUAAUGCCUGCGGUGCUUCAGACACUCGCGCGACUUCUGUAGGUCGUUUUUGUCUGUGGCAUUUUUACUGUUUGUGACAGGAUGACAGAGAUGUGUUCCCUGAACUCUGAAUCAUGUUUUCAAAAUGUUUGUUGCCUUUUUCCCUUUACGUUCUGUGAAGUGAUUAUGUUUAGAGUGACCUCUCACACUCCUGGAAUUAUCUUUUAAGAUACGGACACUUUCCUUGUUAAUGAGAGUGCGCCCUCGGAAAGAGGUCUGCAGGCUGCCUGGACAGCAGGAGGCCAGCGGCUGCGGUGGCCGGUCCUGUCAGUUCCGGCUGCGGCUUGGCGCACCCCGGGCCAUCUGGAGGGACUGCGCCGUCGUGGAGCCCAGGCCCGCCGGGUCCACUCGGGGCCCAUCGGUGUCAAGCGUCUGCCUGGCUCUGUGAGGAUAUCCAAGCCUUUUACGCAACAUGUAGGCCCCCAGAUCUUGCUGUCUUUGUUUAACUGCAUCCUUAACCAGUUUGCAUCAGGCGCGGAAGGAAACGCAUGUCAUGUUUAUUCCCUGUGUGGUUGUUUUAAUUACGUUUAAAUAGGUCUAUUUUUCCAACCACCGAUUACUUUUCGGGAAUUUAAUGAUUUCCAAAUAAAUUUCUUUAUUUUAUAUUGUACAUGAGAAGUUUUAAAGAUAUGUCUAAGACUAAGAAUAUUAAAGUGAUUUUAGAAGCUGUUCGAGACGCCAGUAGCAAUAUCUAGGACAUUUGCACCCAGACGUUGUGUGUGAAAAUGGUCUUUCAGAACUAACUUGUAAAUAAUUUUAAUCAUGACUUGGUUUUCUUCCUAGUCCAUUUUUAACUUGGACCUCACCCACAGACAGUGUCCAUUGCACAGACACACUUGGAGCCCCUGAGCCGCGGGUGACGCAGCACAGAUACCGAGGUGGACAGGAAGCCAGUCCCUGGCUUUUCUGCUGUAAAUAGCGUGAAGAAAAGUGACUACAGUCAAGUCAAACUAACGCCUAUAAUUUGAUUGACAAUAAACUCUUUGCCAUCACAUGCUGCAGCUGUUUUUAAGGAACGGGAUGUCAUUCGUUCACAAGUAUGACCUGCUGCAAAGCCUGCAGCCGCCCCUGAUGGAUCGCGGUUUCCUUUAGCUGUUCUUUUGUAAUAAUUGUAGCCGAGUAAAUCUCCAAUAAAGUUAUGGUCUGAUCA